AAAAGCUUAAUCGAGCCAUAAAUUAUCGCUGCCAAACUCGAGGUCAUGGUUGAAUAAAACUUAAGCGCGUUCUCAAAUAUUUGGGGACAAUGAAGUUAAACAAAAUGUCACGCUGUCGGCUUUUGUCAACAGAACACAACACAACAGUUCCUCCUCCGAAAGCGCAUCAACAGAUCGUUAAACAGCACCGAGUUAUUCCGUUCGAUAAAAGCUUGCUCAAACAAAAGCUUCGUUUUUUAUAUCCUCAGUUGUGUACAGCUCAUUAAAUUCAAAAAUAAAUCUCCACAGCCAAAAUUGAACAAGAGAAAAAAUAACCGGAAAAAGAGUGACCGCAGCUAAUGAUGAUUUGAUGGUUGAAGAAUGAAUGAAAAGUUUUCCGGAAACUGAACACUAAGUUGCUGCGGUGUCAGAAGCGAUCAGUGAAUAUCCCAUACGCAGAUCGGAAUCCGCAGGGCCGUGUGCAGUGCUUGUAGUGAACAACCGAAAAAAAGGUUUACGCACCACUGAGAAAUGGCGCCGGCCUUGAGUGGGGUCGCGACUGCCGUGUUUGUGGUGGCCGUAACCGGUGUAACGCUGGUGGUUCACAAACAUGGUUCCGCCGAAGAUCGUCGCACCGAUCGGUUCCGGACCUACGAAGAUUUCAACCGGUUCAAUCGAUUUGCGAUGGCCGGCGGCAACCCAGGUGAUAAUCUGAUCUUCGACGGUGCCGAUCUGAACGAUCUCGAAGUGGAUCCGGAGAAAACGUUCUACAGCUUCAACCGGCGAUCCACGUUCGACGUGGAAUACGAUGCGUACUACCCGGACGAAGAGGACAUCCAGCGUAGUGAGUACUUCCGGAAUGCCAGUUACAUACCGAAGUACUUCAACGCAAGCGGAUGGUUGAAGAUUGGAGCAACAGGAGCAGGGCUCAGCGCUAACUCGAAUGUGGCGGCGUCCGAUACCGGCAUCGAUCAUGAAAAACGCGAGAAAGUGAAGGAGAUGAUGAUCCACGCCUGGGAUAACUACAAACUGUACGCCUGGGGCAAGAACGAGCUGAAACCCAUUAGCAAACGGGGCCACUCGGGAAGCAUCUUCGGGGCGUUCGACCUCGGUGCCACCAUCGUCGAUGGGCUGGAUACACUGUACCUGAUGGGGCUGCACAAGGAGUACGACGAGGGUCGCGACUGGGUCGAGCGGAAGUUCACCCUGGACAACGUGGGUAUCGAUCUGUCGGUGUUCGAAACCAACAUCCGGUUCAUCGGCGGAUUUCUGACCUGCUACGCCUUCACCGGCGAUCGGCUGUUCUUGGACAAGGCCAAAUAUGUUGCCGAUAAGCUGCUGCCGGCAUUCCAGACACCCACCGGAAUCCCGUAUGCACUCGUCAAUGUUAACUCGGGGGUCAGCAAAAACUACGGCUGGGCUAGCGGUGGUAGCAGCAUCCUGUCCGAGUUCGGUACCCUGCACAUGGAGUUUAGCUACUUGAGUGACAUCACCGGCGAUUCGGUGUACCGGGAACGGGUCCAAACGAUCCGCAGCGUGCUGAAGGACCUGGAGAAGCCGAAAGGCUUGUAUCCGAACUAUCUGAACCCCAAGACGGGCAAGUGGGGCCAACAGCACAUGUCACUCGGAGCUCUCGGUGACAGUUUCUACGAGUAUCUGCUCAAAGCUUGGAUCCAAUCGGGCCACGAAGAUGAGGAAGCCCGUGAAAUGUACGACGAUGCCAUGCAGGCCAUCAUCCAGCACAUGAUACGCACCAGCCAGGGAGGGCUGACUUAUGUUUCGGACAUGAAAUUCGACCGAUUAGAACACAAGAUGGAUCAUUUGGCGUGCUUUGCUGGUGGACUUUUCGGCUUGGGUGGAACCACCCUCAACAAUCAGUACUCGGAAAAGUACCUGGAGAUUGGCGAAGGGUUGACCAACACCUGCCACGAGAGCUACGUCAGGACGUACACUCGGCUCGGGCCGGAAGCGUUCCGCUUUAACGACGGUGUCGAAGCUAAGGCACUCAAGUCCCAAGAGAAGUACUACAUCCUGCGACCGGAGACCUUCGAGAGCUACUUUGUGAUGUGGCGGUUGACGCACGACCAAAAGUACAGGGACUGGGGCUGGGACGCAGUGCAGGCCCUGGAGAAACACUGCCGGACGCCAAAUGGCUUCAGCGGUUUGAAGAACGUUUACUUGACAGAUCCUCAGAAGGAUGACGUGCAGCAGAGUUUCUUCCUUGCCGAAACUCUCAAGUAUCUGUACUUGCUAUUCUCGGACGACACGCUGCUCCCGCUGGACGACUGGGUGUUCAACACCGAAGCCCAUCCACUGCCGGUCAAGGGCCGAAACUCGCUGUACCGAGCGGCCUCGACAUCUAGUGCUCUUUAGAUGCGACACGAACGAAAUGUGAAAGAAAAACAAAACAUUCAAACAAUGUACCAUAAGAACCAAUAAUGGGAUACAAUGCAACAAGGGACGCCAAAAAAAGGGUCCGCCUCUAAAACGGCCGGGUUCCACGACUAAACUGUGUACCACUAACCUACUAAAACUGAAACAUUGACUAACGACUUUCGGCUUGAAUAGGAUACAGGAGCAGUGUAAGGAGUAUAGUAGGUAGUGAUUAGGAAAUGAUAGACUCAAGUUUAGCCGUUGGUAUUCAUAGCUUGAGUUCCGAAUGUGGUGAUGAGCGAGUGUAUGCGCCGUGUGUUAGCGAUGAUUUUUGUAUGUGCAAAGGUGCGGUUAAUUUAGGAACUAAAGAAGCCUUCCUCGAUUGUUCGGAGGAAGCAAUUCCUUACUAUGGUUUAGUGAACAAAGCAACAAACUAGCCAGUCUGACUGAGUGAGUUCGUUGUGCUAUCGAGCGGAAGAAUUUCGUGUGAUUCCUGGGGCAGUUUUAGUAAUAAUUGUAGGUACAAGUUAUAAAAUUUACCUUUUUUCCUUUUUGUGGGAAAACAGUUUCUAGAGCUAUAUGAGCUGAGUGAGAGCAGCGAACGUGCAGUUUAAAUUUAUUUUGUGUAUGAUUGUAGCCAAUUACAUACUAAGAAUCGUUAUGACAGCAAAGGAUAAAACAAUUAAUUGUGAUGAAAUCAACUAAUUUAUCGAACAACUGUUCUCUAGAGUAUAAUUAUGCAUGUGAGUUGAUAUUAGAGAAACAAAAAAGAAACAGGAAGCAGAAACUCGGCUCUACUCAGCGAUGUAUCGAACAAACUCGAUUAUCUUGCUUUGAUAUUGAUAAUCACAAAACUGCAAAUACCUACUUUACUGUAGAUGAAAGUAAUAUAAUAGAACAAAAUAGGUGAAACAUAAGCGUUCCUUUUUUCCAAUUUCCAAUUCUUCCAUUUUCCCUAGCGGACAAACUUGUAAACGUCCAUUUGUAUACCUACCUAUACUGAAUACUUGAUAGAGGAAAGCAAAAGCACUUAUGUUGGUCUCCGGUUAUGAAUUUGCACUCACAGCACUGAUACACGUAUAAAAAAUAAAUUAAAAGUAUCCAACCAAGUCUAGACGAAAAGAAAUAAAACAAAAUCAAUCCCUUAUAACCCCGAUUACAGCAAAACAGAAUGAUAUUGUGUAGAUUUACACAAAAACCACAAGUAAUUCCGAAACAGCCCACCUAGUUUUUUUAGAACUUUUCGGUCUUAUUGAGAAGAUGAUAGUUAAAAUUUUAUCUCUAUAGUAAAUCGAACGUAAACGUGUCAAUAGUUUGAAUUUCGGUGAUUUGAGAAAUGAUUAAUGUGUUCGUCGCGUCCAAUUUAUUGUAUUAUUGCUUUUUAUUCUCGUUGAAGCCAAAUAUGCUUUGAAAUGUUCAAAAAUCAUCUGGUUGGGGUUUGACGUUUAAACCAUUUCUAUUGUUUUCUUCAAGGAUAUACUUCUCAAGAUAUCUAACUGCAGUGGCUUUUUGUUUUUUUUUGUAUGCCAAAUUUAAUCUGAUUCGGAUUAAUGUUACGAACAAUUUAGUUUAGCUACUCUCUUGCAAAUUACCAGUGUCCAAAAAUUGUAUGCAUUUUGAUUGACAGAAAUUUGAUAACUAGAUAUUUUUAAACCUAAUUAGACAACAUUGAGAUACUAUAUUUUUGUGUAUUAAAUGAGUUUUCAUCAGACAAAAGACUUGAUUUUUUUGUGACGAUGAUAAAGUAUUUAAAAAAAAUCGCAUUUUUAAGCAUUGAAUUAAAAACUGAAAAAAAGAAAGUAAGAGUGUGCCAAAAGUAAUUGCAAAAUAUUAGAAAAGUCUUUUUGUUCGUCAUUUUUUUCUUUUUGGAAAAUUAAGAAAAAAAUAAUACAAAUUUAAGGAAAUUCGCCUACAUCUAAAGCUUCUAUAAAUUCCUUUGUGCAUCUGAACAGUAAGCGCUCAAAUUUUGUCUGUUUUUGAACAACCGGGAUAGCUGAUUAGUUUUUAGUUUUUACGUUAGGGAGCAAAGGAUUUCGUUUUUGGAAAAAAAUAAAAAUUUAUCGAUUAUAAAUGAUUUAAAUACUUGGGGAAAGAAAUUGUUGAAAAAAAAAAACAAUUUUAUUGAAAACUGUAGAUCAAAUCUGGAGAAACAAAACUUGUAAAUAUUCUGUUAUAAUUUAUAGUAGCGAAAUAGUGAACAAAAAUCUAUUAACAAUUAUUUCUUUGAGAGUUUUUCUCUGUCGAAUUUGGGACAGAGGACGGUUGAAAAAUAUUAAAUCGGAAACAGGCCAAGCUGCAGUAUAACUUUAAAGAAAAAACACAAGUUCAUGCACCACUUUUAAUAAACGUUCAAUCAAAAUUAAGUAAGUAUAAAAAAUGCUGAUGUAAGACGAAACUGAAUAGAGAACCACUUAGCUAGCACUGAUUUGUAAAAACAAAGAAAAAUAAUGGGCACUAUUGUAGAGUUUUAUCGUAGAAACAAACAAACUUCAUAUAGAUUGAAAUUUAAACAAUAUAUUGUACCUAUUGAAAACAGAACAUGAGUAAAUGAAUUUAAAGUAACCCCUCUCAGAUAAAAUAGAGGAACAAAAACUGGAAACAAAUUUGGAAAAUUUCUCAAAAAACAAACAAACAAAUUACUAACCAUCUUAUGAGAGUAAUCAACCAACUAAAGUAGAACCUUGUAUAGCUCAUUUUUCUCCUUAAGUAACAUCAAAUCACCGUCGGAAAAUCCAUAAAGUAGGAAAAAAGGAAGGUAUGCAAUAUACUCAAUCUCCAUGAAGAAAUGGAAGUUUGUAAAAAGAAAAGAAACUUGCUAUGUGAAGUGCUUGAGUUUCGAAGAAGAUCGAGCGUGCAUGCGUGGAAAGAAGAAAAGUGUUUCGACUAGGGACGACACUCUAUGCAGAUAGCUGAAAAAAAAAUGCAAAUAAAACUAUCUUAUUAUUUUUUAAAA